AUGCAUCAGUGUGGUGUCUGCAAGAAGUGGUUCCCUCGACCCAGCGGUCUCAAAACUCACAUGAAUUCCCACUCCGGGGAGAAGCCGUACAAAUGCACUGUCCCCAAUUGCAACAAGAGCUUCGCGGUGCGCUCGAAUGCAAAGCGGCACCUACGGACGCACGGGAUCAUUCCCACCUCUGAACCUUCCAGCAGGCCAGCCUCGAAAUUCACCGUCGGCUUCGAGACUCCCAUGGUAUCCCCCACCGCGCACGAGAUGACGAAGAUACCCAACAAACUCAAAUGGAUACCCAUGAGCCUGCAGACGCGCACGAACAUCGCCGUGCUGCAGCGCGAGUCAUCCGUCGAGGACGACGACACCGACGAG